GGAAGAAAAACCAUGCAUGGUCAUAAGCAAGAGUCAGUUUGUCCAGAUAAAGGGAUGGAGUUGGGCAGAGCAGUGAAGAAGGUUGACAUGGAAAAGAGGAUGCUAACAAACUGCUGUACACCUCGGUGGAUGUGACAGAAUCUGACUUUCAGAGCCCAAGCAAUUGCUGAGGCAGAUUUUCUCAUCAAAUGCUUCUCCUCUGAUCACUGCAACAUUGGCAUUCGGAGGUUGUGAGUAGGCAGCAAAAUGUACAGCCACUGUUUGUUUAUAAUUUUGUCUUUUGUAAUUGAGAACUAGAUUGUAAGUAAAUGUGUGCAGCUCUCUGCAGAGGGGUCCUGUUAGUCUGCGUGAGCUGCUUUGCUGCAACCCCAGGCAGGGAAGGCAGCAGCCACACUGAACACGGAUGUCUGUUAAAGUCAAAGGGGGGUUUACAGGUGGGGAAAUUGGCAUUUGCUCAUGUGAUGGAGUUGCUUGGAAUAUUUAUGUCAUUGAUAUGCCUGUGUGGAGGUUUUUCACCAGUGGGGCUGUCAGGAUGUAGAAGGGAAAACAAGAGGGAUUUCAGGGGCAGUGCAGCAAUUCUGAGUUUGUGAGUGGGACAAAAAAGAAUCUGAGGUGAAUGUAAAGAUGCUCCCAAGAGGAGAGGUGAAGUAUAGAGGAGAAAAUCGGAGACCCAGAGUCCUGGAGGCUACAGCCUGGGGUCAGACUGAGCCUGCCUGACAGCGCCAGUAGGAGCAGCGUGUGUGCAGCUCCUCGGCUGUUGUGAAAUCCUCUCACUCAGCGUUUGGCACCGUUUGAGCCAGCACUCCUCGAAGAGAAGAAGCUGUUUGGAAGCACCAUGAGGGCACCUGCCGGGAGCGAACCACCCCUGUGAAACCAGGAGCCGGUGAGGAACAGGGGGCAGCCGCCGUGCUCCAGCCCGGCCGAGGACGGACCCGUGGACAAGCGAAGGGGCUGCAGCAGGCAGGAGGGCUGCGUGCCGGCACCCGGGAGCCGAUCGGUGAGCGAGGGCUGCGGGAUCCCUGCAGCAGCUCAGCCGCCCACCCGUGAGACACGCCAGGCCCUCUCUCCGGCCCACUGCCCCCUCAGCACCGAGGCCCGGGUCUCUGGACAAAAUGGGAAACUUGUCAAUGAAACCCAAGCACCUGAGACAGCCAGAUAGACACGUAGCAAACCUCUCUAUUGGUUGUGCUGGCAACUAUAAGUUUUUGAAGGACCCAGGUCUAGGCAUCCAUGUGACUGGGCAAGCUGAUGCUCUUUGCAGCAGGGUGAUUGAACUGGAAAAGGAGCUGAAAAGAAAAGAUGAAGAGUUGCAAGAGGGUCAAAGUCUCGUUGCUGAGCUUCAGGAGCAGCUGGCUAUGCAGACUAAGGUCAUAGCAGAACUCACCAAGGAACUUCAGAGCAAGUGUAUACAGCUGAACAAGCUGCAGGAUGUUAUUAAUACUCAAGGAGAACACUCUCUUCAGCCUUCUCCAUUUAGAGCAACUCCAAAGAAUCAAGUCUCUGCUGACAGGAGGAAAGGAGCUAAGGAAGGUGUAUCUGCAGAGCCAACAACACAGCUAUAUGAUUUGAGCAAGCAAGCUAGGUUUUCCUUUGAAAAAUCAAGAGUCCAAAAGGAUUUCAGUGAGAAGAAGCUCAUCACAGAUGCCCUGAAUAAAAAUCAGUUCUUGAAGAGACUGGAGCCUCAGCAAAUCCGAGAUAUGGUGGAAUGUAUGUAUGAAAGGACUUUCCAGCAGGGGAGUUAUGUCACCAGACAGGGAGAGCCAGGCAAUCACAUUUUUGUGCUCAAAGAGGGCAGACUGGAAGUCUUUCAGCAGAAUAAACUCCUCUCCUCAAUACCUGUGUGGACAGCAUUUGGUGAACUAGCCAUUUUAUACAACUGCACACGGACAGCUUCUGUGAAAGCAAUCACCAAUGUAAAAACGUGGGCGUUGGACAGAGAAGUAUUUCAAAACAUCAUGAGGGUGACAGCACAGACAAGGCAAGAACAGUACAGAAGCUUUCUUAGAAGUGUGUCCCUCUUAAAAAACUUACCUGAAGAUAAACUAACCAAGAUCAUGGACUGCCUGGAGGUGGAGUACUAUGACAAGGGAGAUUAUGUUAUUCGGGAAGGAGAAGAAGGAAAUACAUUCUUUAUAAUAGCAAAAGGAAAGGUGAUAGUUACCCAGAGUACUGCAGAUCAUUCAGAGCCUCAGCUGAUCAAAAGCCUACAUAAAGGAGAUUACUUCGGAGAAAAGGCUCUCAUUAGUGAUGACGUCAGAUCAGCAAACGUUAUUGCAGAUGAAUAUGAUGUGGAGUGCCUUGUUAUAGAUAGAGAGACAUUUAAUCAAACCGUUGGAACUUAUGAGGAGCUCCAAACCUACCUUGAAGGCUAUGUGGCUAACCUGGCCCGGGCUGAUGAAAAGCGACAUGCAAAAAGAAGAUCCUUCUGUGGACAGUCGACCAAAGAGGUGACUUUGGAGAUGAUACAGCUGCAGGAGAAAGUAGCCCAGUUCUCUUCUUCCCCAUUCCAGAAUUUAGAAGUUGUCACAACUCUCGGUGUUGGUGGGUUCGGAAGGGUUGAGCUUGUUAAAGUGAAAAAUGAGAACAUUGCUUUUGCUAUGAAGUGUAUAAAGAAGAAACAUGUAGUGGACACCAAACAGCAAGAGCAUAUCUAUUCUGAAAAGAGAAUUCUCGAACAGAUAUGUUCUCCAUUCAUUGUGAAACUAUAUCGUACAUUCAAGGAUAGUAAGUAUGUGUACAUGCUACUGGAGGCUUGCCUUGGAGGGGAAUUGUGGAGCUUACUGAGAGACAGAGGCAGCUUUGAUGAACCCACUACUAAGUUCUGUGUUGGGUGUGUGACAGAGGCUUUGGACUAUCUACAUCACAUAGGAAUUGUCUACAGGGACCUGAAGCCAGAAAAUUUAAUUUUGGAUGCUGAAGGAUACAUAAAAUUGGUUGAUUUUGGAUUUGCAAAGAAGAUCGGGUCAGGGCAGAAAACCUGGACAUUUUGUGGAACCCCUGAGUAUGUUGCCCCAGAAGUCAUUCUGAGUAAAGGCCAUGACUUCAGUGUGGAUUUUUGGUCCCUUGGGAUUCUUGUGUACGAACUCCUUACUGGCAGUCCACCUUUCUCUGGGGCUGAUCAGAUGGUGACAUAUAAUUUGAUUCUCAAAGGCAUUGAAAAACUGGACUUCCCUAAAAUAAUAACAAAGCGGCCUGAGGAUUUGAUCCGCAGACUUUGCAGGCAAAACCCUACAGAAAGAUUAGGAAAUCUGAGGAAUGGAAUUAAUGACAUCAAGAAGCACAGGUGGUUGAAUGGUUUUAACUGGGAUGGUCUGAAAGUGAGGAAAUUAACAUCACCUUUAAAAAGAGAGUUGUCUGGACCAACUGAUUACAGCUACUUUGAUAGCUAUCCACCUGAAGAAGGAACCCCUCCAGAUGAACUUUCAGGCUGGGACAAGGAUUUCUGAUACUUCCUUAUUCCAGGACGUUUAUAGAGACUCAUAGGCAUCAGUUCUAAACCAAUUCUCAUGUAUCUUGCUUAAAAUCAAAGCACGCAAUGUUUUUGACAAGCAUGAUGUUCCCUGAAGAAUAGAAGGCAGUGCAGAAACCAGAAUCUGUUUGGGUAACACACCAAAUUCUCUGUGUGCCUCUUUAUAACAAGGGCAUGCAGAUGCAACCUGAAUACUUUUUGAUACACAGUGUCUCUGUGAGCAUUUUCAGGCACUGUGGGUGGGAUGUAUGGUUUUGCUAUUGGAAGUUUUACUAGCUACUAUUUUGAUAUUAAAAAGGUUACUGUAUGUCUUAAUUUUUU